CCGCUGCAUCUUAAAACAUUUGCCAUCUCGCACCCAGCCAAGCACGACGAUUCGAUGGAGCAUGGACAAUGGUGUCUGCCCCGGACUAACAGAAACCUGGCAAAAUUAAAGGACACUUCAAAAACAAGUUUGAAUUCUGCUCGAAUGUCUACCUGGUCGAAUAUCAAUCUGCUUGAAUUUAUUUUGGAUUCAACACCAUCCCAUUCACCACCCCAUUUUUGCUUCGCUGCGUUGGGUAUGCAGUGGCUAGGCGAGGGACAAUUGUCGUGUGCGCGCAAUGCCAAAUAGCUAUUCCACAAUUAUUAUUAAAACCACAUUUUGCCUGUGCCACAAUCGCACUACGGGUAGAAGCUGCGAUGCAUACAAGAAAGUAUCUACACCGAGAGAAAUUCAAGCAACUGAAGUUGGCAACCAACUGAGCACGCCAGAAACGCACUGACUUUUGCUCAAACUGAGCUACUUGUCCCGGCUGCUCGUCUGUCAGCUGCUGCUAGAAUUCCCGCCAAAAAUGCUUGUUUUUGUAGUUUUGUUCGCUACUUAAUCAGUGAUACAAGUGACCAAAUUAAAUCAAAUAUUUUCCUACGCAAAAUGAAAGUUGGUGAAGUUAAAGCGGUUCAAUGGAUAGACGAAGUAGUCGUUUUGGAGGAUGCUAAUCUAAUGCGCCGUGCUGCUGCAUUUUAUUCGAAAUGCAUGUUUGGUGCGUUGACGAUAGAUGUUGGGAGUUAUGUGCUCGUCUCAAAUAUAGAUGCAACCAAUCCGGAUUCGAUUGAAGGUUGCGAUGUCGCGCAAAUUCUUCGUAUGUAUGAACUAGUCGGUUCUGAUGGUAACAAAAACAAAGAUCCAUAUAGAGCGACUGUACGGUGGUUUUCUAGACCCACCGCUCUACCAAAGUCCGCUCUUUCGGACGAAAACAUAUCGUUCGAUGCACGUGAAGUGGUCGAAGAUCCUCGAUUCAAUCCAGACAUAUCGAUUGAAACAAUUUUUGGUCUGUGUUUCGUUCAUUAUGGUACACGCCCAGAAAUGGUAUUACCAAAUGAGUACGAACGAACAAACAAAUGGUAUAUGGUUCGUUACAAACUAAUAAAAUCAGGUAGAAAAUGGGUUCUUCAACACCUCGAACCGGCACCAACAAGAGCACAUGUACCUUACAGCAGUACCGUAAACGAGCAAUCUAUACCUGCGAAUACGCCGAAGCUGAAAUUGAAACGAACAAAAUCAAUCGAAUGUAAUACAAACACUAGCAAUGAAAGCUUACACAAAAAGUUACAUGAAGAUCAUUGGAGAGUUCAACUUGUCGAUUGUAUGACCGAAUUAACCAAUGCACUCAGUGGUGUUGAAAUAGCUAAAGAACGAAAAACACGCAUUUCCCGUACGAGCCAGAUAGCAAAAUAUGCUGAUAAAAUGGCGAACAGUCCAAAAAGAAAUUUAAACCCUUCGCAAAUACUUAACCACGACGAGGACAAUGAAGAAAUCAGAAACUACUCAAUCGUAAAAUCUAAGGAAACUAAUGCAACUGAUAUGAAAAUCACAUUACGAAUUUCUGAUAACCAAACAAAAAACGAUUUAGCAACAUCCUCAACCUUAGCACGGAAACGCGUUGCAAACGGGACAAUACCAUUGAAGAAUCAGUCCUCACCUCCAAAAUCACGAAAAUCUUCCGCUUCAUUAGAUCGCAGCAGCAAAAAACAUAUGCCCAAGUCAGCAAACAAUAAAUGCUUAGAAGCAGCUAGUAUCCCGGCGCAAACAACCACUCAGAUGAUAACUGUUGAUGAAUCCAUUGGCGCCCGUCGCACACCUCGUAAAUUGGAGUUUGAAAAACGAAAAGAAUAUGAAAACCUGACACCUGAACGGGGUGGUAGUACAAAAACAAAACAAAUUCGUACCGGGAGUAUCAAGGCAACGAUUGACUCCAGACCCAUGUCAGGGGAGAGUGUGUCCAAUGAUCUAUCGAUUGCACGUGAAAAAUUGCAUGUGGCUGCUACUCCGCGCAGCCUCCCUUGUCGCGAAAAGGAAUAUGAUAUACUGUUCAACUUUUUAGAGGGUAAAAUUUACGAUGGUUCUGGAGGCUGCAUGUACGUAUCGGGUGUUCCCGGAACGGGUAAAACGGCAACGACAACCGCCGUAAUCAACUCGUUGAAGAUGAUGUCAGAAGCAGAAGAGAUUCCAAAGUUUCAGUUUGUGGAUAUUAACGGCAUGCGAUUGACGGAACCGCGCCAAGCAUAUGUCCAAAUAUAUCGUCAACUUACGGGCAAAACAUUGGCUUGGGAGCAAGCCUACAACCUUCUCAACAAAAGAUUUACGACGAAGGCUCCCCGCCGUAUAACUACGGUGCUACUUAUUGAUGAAUUGGACAUCAUAUGUAACCGUAGACAGGAUGUCGUUUAUAAUCUUCUGAACUGGCCAACACUUGAGACGGCACAGUUGAUUGUUGUUACGAUUGCCAAUACCAUGGAUUUGCCAGAACGGGUUUUAAUGGGCAAAAUUUCGUCUCGACUAGGUCUUACAAGGUUGACCUUUCAACCAUAUAACUUCCGUCAGUUGCAAGAAAUAGUUUUGGCUCGGUUAGCUGGUACGAAUGCUUUCAAUAACGACGCCGUGCAGCUGGUUUCACGUAAAGUAGCGGCAGUUUCGGGAGAUGCGAGGCGUGCGUUGGACAUUUGCCGCAGAGCCACCGAGUUGUGUGAUAGUUCGGGUUCAAUUGUUUCGAUGGCACAUGUUCAAACGGUGCUAGCUGAAAUGAUUGCCAGUCCGCAGGUGAAAACUAUUCGAAGCUGUUCUCGUAUCGAACAAAUGUUUUUGCACGCCGUCACGAUCGAAGUGACUCGUAUUGGAAUUGAAGAAUGCUGCUUUCUUGGUGUUUAUAAUCAACUAGAAACAUUAUGCGCUUUUGCAGGGAUCAGCGUUCCGAAUCCAGGAAGAGCCAUGAUGAUUUGCGCGAGGUUGGGUGCUUUUAGAUUACUCAUUUGUGAAAACAGUUCAAGCGAUAUUUAUCAGAAAAUUUUACUGAAUAUCAAUGCAGACGACGUGCAUUACGCGUUGCAAAAUAAUAAUGAUUUAUAAAGGCUAUUCACUCAUCACUCAUUUAUGUAUGUUUAUGAUAUUGGUUUUGAAUGAAAUAAAAAAUAAAUUUUUGCAAUA